AUGAGAAGCAAUCAGCAGACGUCACCGACUAAAUCUCACGUUAUGGAUCCAACUAGCGGUAUCACGGGACCACAGGGGGUUGGUUCUGUUGAACCGGAAGCAAAAGGCCAGCAAGACCUGCAGCAUGCUGCUCGUUUCUUCCUCGCUCGUGGCAAUGCGUUUCGUGCCAUCGGAGAACUGGAACGAGCCGCCAAAGAUUACGGAUCUGCUAUCACGCUGGACGACCGCAGUGCACUCUACUUCGCCAACCGCGGAGCUUGCUAUCGUAAGCUGAACCAGACUGCGAAAGCUCUGGAAGAUCUCACCAACGCCAUUGAGCUCGAUGGACGCAAGGCACCCCAUUACUUUAACCGCGCGCUUGUGUUGCAUGACGCUGGUUUCUACCGUGAGGCCAUUGUUGACUUCUCAAAGGCGCUUGAAGACGGAUCCACGGCCUCUGCUGCAAAUGCUGCAGCAAAUAAUGCAGGAGGAUCAGGGGCAACUGCGACCCCACCCGCGAAUGGCGGGGGGAUUGGAAUUCGAGUCGAGUACCGAGCGCUGCAAACUCGAGCGAACUGCUAUCGGCGGCUCGGGCACUUGUCCAAGUGCAUCGAGGACUUGCAAGCCGCGAUUAAGCUGGACCCACGAAAUGCUUCGGCGUUUAGCGCUCUUGCACUCGCUCACUUCGAGUGUGGCGACUUUGAAAGAUCGGCGGACGGGUUCACACGGGCCAUUGAGCUCAACUCGGGAAACGCCAGCUACUUCAGCUAUCGAGGGCUGUGUUACUAUCGUCAAGGCCAAGCCGCUGCAGCGAAGCAGCGCGAGCAGCAGAAUGUAGCAGCUUCGAUAACCAGUGGCAUGGGCGCGUUCGCACGGCAGUGUCUUGCUGACUUCAACAAGUGCAUCCAGCUCGACGGUCGAGACCCUCAAGCUUACUUCUUCCGUGGCUCUGUGAGACUCGCACUAUCCUACAUGUCUGCGUCGGAGCAACUGGAGGCAGCAUUUGCCGACAUUGAAAUGGCCUGCACGCUGCGUCCGAGCGGCACUCCUUAUCAGAUAGGAAUGGCCAUGAUUACCCAGCUGAAACAACGACACUCCGAAGCUCGAUCAAUGUUCGAAUCAAUAGCAGCAAGUGCUCCUGAAAACCGCAAGAGCGUACUGGUUCAAUUCCACACAGCGCUUUGCUGCCACGCUCUCGGAGAUCAUGAACGCGCCCUGGAACUACUCACGGCCGCGCUUGAUGUUGUUCCAGACGAACCGAUUUUCCUUGAAGCGCGGGGUCUAAUACUCCAAGAAAUGCGAGCGCAUCCUUUAGCUCUGGCAGAUUUCUCGUACGCACUGGAGCUACUCGAAGGGUUCGAAGAGAGCAACGCGAACACGAACCAGAUUUUUGGCUUACGGUAUCUGCGUGGGGAGAGCGCGCUGAGACUUGGUCGCUUCCAGGACGCCGUAGACGACUGUAGUGCUGCCAUAGCGGGCGGCUACACUGCUGACAUGGCAGCUCACAAUGCUCGUGGUAUGGCACUGCGCGGACUUGGGGAUUAUGACCGCGCUCUUCGUGAUCUCAACGUUUGCGUGGCUCAAGCGCCGUCAAACGACAUUUUCCGAUUCCAUCGCGCGUUGUGUCUGAUGGAGUGCGCGCGCUACUCCGAGGCCCUGCCAGAUUUGCACGAGACUGCGACUCGCAAUAGCACAGACACAAAGUUGCUGUACUACAUCGGACUCUGCUACUACCACGAGCACCAGCCAAGUGAAUGCGUCGCGUUCAUGAAGCGCGCACUGCAGUGCACACCAAAGCAGGAGCUGCUUCCAGAUCUGUAUUAUCACAUGGGGCUUUCGUAUGCGCUCGAGGGUCAGAACAUGGACGCUGUGGAGCAAUUCACCAGUGCCUACGAUCACUCACUGCUGCAGAACCAGCUUCAACAGCUCCACGAGGCCCAGCUCCUGUACAUCCACGAACGUGCCAAAGCCUUACAGCUGGAGCGAUACCAUGCCGAAGCCCUCGCAGACUUCUCGUUUGUCAUCGCCCAGCAACCCACCAACGCGCACGCAUACUUCCGUCGGGGCUUCGCUCACAAGGCCUUGGGUGACUUUAACGCCGCCGCUCACGACCUCCAAACUGCUCGCCUGCUUGAUCCAAACAACCUCCAGCUUGUCGUCAACUACAAGGAGCUGCGCGACGUCGAGUGCAUUGUGCUGUGCGCUCCAGGAGAAGAGAAGCGCUUCUAA